CCCCUCCAGUCACGAGUCUCCGGGUUUAUAAUUGACUGUCGCGCACGCUGGAGCGCUAUUUCCUCUCAUUGUCGAGCCGUCGUGAGCAGGAAGUCGGAAAAGAAAGCAGAAACUGAGGGGGCAGGGCCAUUUAAAAAUACCUGCUCCUCUACAAUAACGGGACCACAGACAGACAGCAGUCUUGUGGGACGGUGCUGAGGACUUGCCGCGCAGAGGAGACACGCUUGACGCAAACGCGAUAUUUAUCACGCAGUGUCACUGGAGGAAUUGUGAACGCGUAUUAUUCUAAAACAACAUACAGCAUGAGGAUUGCAUGCUUGGAGACAGAUCUGAUCUGAUCUGUACAGCCGAAGAAGCUAGAUUGGGUGCACGUAUAAUGUGUGCUGUUGAUCUUUAGUGCACUCAGAAGGCAGCGAGCAGGUGCAUCUCUGAAGCGUUCAUCCAGCAGGACGUCGAUGGUCUUUCAGCACCGCAGACUGCGAGUGUGGGACAUAUUUGAGUGGAAAGCGCGCAUAUAUUAAAUGAACUGAAUUAUUCCUGAACCAAAUUUAAAAUGGCAUCUACAAUUGAACGGAAAACACUGGAUGCGAAUGAGGAACCCGUGGAUGAGGUGCUUCAGAUGCCGCCGUCUCUGUUGACCUGUGGCGGCUGUCAGCAAAGCAUCGGGGACCGGUUCUUCCUCAAGGCCAUCGAGCAGUACUGGCACGAAGACUGCCUGAGCUGUGACCUCUGCGGCUGCCGCUUAGGGGAGGUGGGACGCAGGCUUUACUACAAACUUGGCAGGAAGCUGUGUAGGAGAGACUACCUCAGACUGUUUGGUCAGGACGGGCUCUGUGCUUCCUGUGAAAAGAGGAUCCGGGCCUUUGAAAUGACCAUGCGUGUCCGUGACAAAGUCUAUCACCUGGAAUGCUUCAAAUGCGCUGCCUGUCAGAAACACUUCUGCGUGGGAGAUCGCUACUUGCUCAUCAAUUCAGACAUUGUGUGUGAGCAGGACAUUUUUGAGUGGACCAAACUCAAUGGCAGCAUGGUAUAGUGUUCUGCUUAAAUCAUUAACAAAAUGUAACAU